CAAUAAAUGUGUCCGUACACCCACGCUUGGUCAGUCCCACACUGGCUGAGCUUGCUGCUGACGGAAAACGCUUCUUCAACGCAUUUCCUCGAUUAAAUGCUGAUAAUGGCGAAUAAAUUCCGACUCAUUUAUCCUUCUUUACAAAUGCUGCUGUUUAUGAUCUUGAAGGAGAGCAAUGGACUUUCAGUGGAUCCUCCGGAAAACCUUGCAGUAUUGGACCCUGGUCAUCUUGGACUUCUGGAGAUUACUUGGAGCCCCCCUAGCAACUUAAUCAACGUGACAGACUGCUCUGCAAUGUAUCAGCUGGAAUAUUACAACACAUACAAGGACAGAUGGGCUGCUGUCAGGACAGAAAAGGCCACAUAUCGUGCCCAAUUUAACUUGAUGAAAGAUGUUCAUGUAAGAGUGUAUACCUUGCUCAAUGGGCCCUGCACCAACAACACAAUGAUCAAGAGCACAAACUACUCCGAACUCUUUCAAAACUCUCCCAGCACAGGAAUUAAAGACACAGCCGUGCAGGAUUUUAUCUGCAUAUUCCAAAACAUGGAGUACUUGGAGUGCAAGUGGAAAAGAAGCCCAAAGAUGCCAGCCAACUCAGAGCAAAGUCUGUAUUUCUGGCAUAAACCUCUGGAGCAGGCAGUGGAAUGCCCAAAGUACAUCAAAUCAGGAGAAGUCAGAACUGGCUGUAACUUCACAGGGAAAUCUCUGCCUCAAUUCACUGACAUCAACUUCUCUGUAAAUGGCUCCUCCCCGAAAGGGCCCUUGAUGCCAUUUUUCAUCACCCUGCAGAUCCAAAACCACGUGAAGCCUGCAGCCACAGAGAAGCUGUAUCUGCAGACAGGUCUUGACAAUCAACUGGAGCUACACUGGGAGGAUCCAGUUGGAAAGGUUCCUACCCAAUGCCUUGAGUGGGAGGUGGAACACAGUCAGGAAGGAGCUGAUGGAAAAUUAUCACUGAGAAAUAUACCAGCAGAUCAGAACAGCCUGACUCUUUCCUCCAGCCACAGCGACGAGAGCAGCUGCUUCAGGGUGAGGUCCAAACUGCACAAGUACUGUGUCGAACAAAGCUUUUGGAGUGAUUGGAGCCACCCUGUAUGCCACCCAGAAAAGAAAGAAGUCACACCUAUGCCAGACCGGGACAUGUCACCUGUCUACAUAUAUAUCGCCAUUGCCACCAUUGCCAUGCUGAUGCUGUGUUUCUGUGUGUGGGCAGCCGUCAAAAUGGCAAAAUCGAGGAAAGGGAAGAAGCUGGAUUCUCUCCUUAAAAUGCCGUUCAGCAGAAAUCCAACACUCACAGGUGCAGAGAUCUACAAAUGCAAGAAAAGCUGCGCUGGUGUAAUGAUCUAAUUCUCAGGGAUAUUUUAUUGUUACACUGCUUGAUAAUUUUGUAGUGUCUCUGUAGAUUCAGUGAGGCCAAACCACUGCUAAUGCACUGUCUGCUUUAUAUGAGUUUGGAGGUUAUGGUGUGUGUUUUACAAAAAUAUCUACCUACCAGUUUUCAAACAACUGCAGCUGUACUUGCAGUUUCUUUUUGUAUUUACAUUUAUAAACAAAUGCUUGAAUUAACAAGUACUUUUUGAAUACAUUAAGGGGAAGAGAGAAAAGUCCCGCCUUUUUUUUUGGGUGAUUGUUUACUUUAUGCCACAAGACUUGCAAACUGAAAAGGUCAGUAGUGAUUACAUACUUAUUUAUGGAUUAUAUUAUCAAUGGAUUACAUAGAUAUUUUACAACUUGUCCUUUUGGGAUCUGUUUAUGAUGUUUUACAUGUUGCCAUAUCUCUUGCCGGAUUAUACAGUCAAUGUAGGGUCUUGAUAUGUUGUGGUCAAAUGGUAUUUUAUAUACCUUAUAUGGAUUUAUGUGUGAUCUUAUUUUGUUUUUAAUUGUUUGUUUUAUGCCUCUUUUCUUGCCAGUCUGCUUAGAUAGAAAAUAUUUGUUUUACGACAAACAAACAAAAAGGCAAAAUAUAAACAAACAGGUCAGGUUUAAUACGUGUUGAUACAGGGUUUUGUACAACAUCUCUUGCACACUUCAGACCACUGAAGUAUCCUCUUCUAGUAUGUAUACUGCAACUGGAUGUUUGACAUCUACAGAAGGCAUGACAGUGUCAGUGUUUUAAUGCCACAAGUUCUUGUCAGUUUGUAUUUAAAUUUUCUGUAUUAAAAGUCAACAAGGCUGCAAACAUUGUUACUGUAGUAGCUUGUGUACAACACAAGCCAAAAUGCCUCAGAUGUGUCAAAUGUUCUAUGAAAAUUACAUUAUACUCCCAUGUUAUUUUUAUAUAAAGUUUUCUGUUUUGUCUUUCCUGUAUUUAUUCCUAUAUGUUUCUACUAAAUUAUAAAAGACUGUCAAAACUAAUAAAUGAUAGUGGUCUAUAAUUAUAUACCUUGAUAAAUGGAUGACAUAGUUUUUGCAUUAUAUCUCCUUUGGUGAUUAGUAGAAAACAUUUAAAUGUGUUGUUUUAAUCUACUUACCAUUGUCACUUGAUUUAGACUUUGAACUAUUUCCAGCUUUAAUAUUUGCUCUAAUUUGAUUUUUCAUGUACAGAUAUUGCAAAAAAAAAAAAAAAAUCAUGGUGUUUAUUGGGAUUUUAAUAUAAGUUUGACUUAGGAUUUUAUAUAUGAUGUUUGAUGUGUCUCCAUUAAGUUGUAUUGUAAACAUCUUAAGGAUAUAAUAAAGAAACAAUCUGA